UCCAACACACCCCCAGCAGAACUGUUCCAAGGUUAUGAGGGACCACUCAUCCCUAGGGUAUGAGGGACCUUGGAUCCUCCUGCCACCAGGAGCAGAGCUGUCACCUGUUAAUGGCUGAUCCACGCUGCCACCAAAUCCUUUGGAAAACUGUCAACUGCAAAGCUGACAAAGUCUUCCACAAUGUGUUUGUGGAGUGCUCAGUGUUGAUUCGACCCACAUAAAAACCCAAACUCCACAUGCUGCACGCAGAACUAAUGAGUUAAUAAAUUGUUUUAUCUCUGUCCAUGAUUCCCGUCAGUCUGGAGGAUCACUGUGAGCCCGUUCUCACCCACCAAAAGAUUUAAGGUGUCCUCAAACUGCAAAGACUUAAAACUGCUGUUCAGAGAGAGCACGGAGCUGCUGAGCAAACCCAGCAGCUCCCAGCAGCUGGAAAUUCAACUCCCUAACAACUCUGAACUGAAACAUGAAUCAAACCCCUGACAAAAUUCCUGCAGAGAUCCGGAGCUCGGCUGAGCUUCCGAGGGCAGCGCAGGCUGCUUUAAGAGACGAGACUGUACCCGGAACUGAAGGAGGGCACUUGCAGAACUUUGCCUGGGGUUGCACACCAAGUUGUGCUGCCCAGCUUGUCCCGGCCUGGGAACAAACUGGCAGCUCCUCCCCUGGACUCUGGUCACUGCUUGGCAGCACCUGCACUUUCAGUCCUUGCCUGUGACCGGACUGAGAAAUCAGCUGGAGAAAAGCGUCCACCAGAGCAACCCAAGCAGCUGAAUGUACUCUGAGAGGACACAAAUGCAGCUCUGACUGCUCUGCCUCACAGGAGAAGCAGUUCUGCUCUGCACGGCUCCUCUGCCCACGCUGAAAAUGCCAGAGGCCACUGCAAGCGCCCUCCUGCUCCGUGCUGGCCUGGCGCUGCUGGCCUGGCCCGUCUACCUGCUGUCCUUCCUGGGCAUCUGGGAGCCUUUCUGCAAGAAGGUCUUCUUUCCUUUCUUCUUAGAGAAGAUUUCUGGAGCUCACGAGAAGAAAUCAAAGAAGCACAAGCAGGAGCUCUUCCGCAACCUGCCCGACUUCAGGGGCCCCUCGGGGGAGCUGCGGCUGCUGGAGAUCGGCACCGGCAGCGGCUCCAACUUCCAGUUCUACCCCGCGGGCUGCAAAGUCACCUGCAGCGACAUCAACCCCAACUUCCAGGAGGGCCUCUCCAGGAACAUGAAGAAGAACCAGCACCUGCACUACGAGCAGUUCCUGGUGGCCGCGGGCGAGGACCUGGGGCAGGUGCCCAGCGGCUCGGUGGACGCUGUGGUUUGCACCCUGGUGCUGUGCUCGGUGCAGAGCGUCAGCAGCACCCUGAGGGAAGUGCUCCGAGUGCUCCGGCCGG